GGGCCUAAGGAGCGCCGGUUUGGUGGCUGCUUAGGGGUCGCCGGGGGAGCGUUACCUUUCCUGCGCUUUGGCGAGGAAAAGGUUAACGUCAGGGCCCCGAGAGGAAUAGUUUCCAGCGUGGCUAUUUUAAUGAUUUAGACAAAUCCGCUGCAACGCGCAGGACACAGAGCUUGUGGUUGAGCUUAAAUAUAAAAGUUAACGUGAUCACUCUGGCAGACAUGUUUGCCAGAUCAUGAUUCUAUUUAGGUAACCUCAGGCGUUACAAGGUGCGCUAUUGUUGUUGCUCAUAGUUGUUCAAUGAUUGACUUGGAAUAUUGGUGAUGGUGUCCUCACAAGCCCUUUUGUUUGUAACGACGGCUUCCUUCGGAGUCUUUUCAUGUUCCGACCUUUGACUUGCAGUUCCACACUCAUCCAAUUUGUGUCCGCUUUCAACUUGUGAUUGUCCCAAUGGCUAGUCGUUUUAACAGCAGCCUCAGGUCAGAUGUGAAAGACUUCACGAUCCUGUAAUGGCAUGCACCUUUGCGCGGCACAGUGUUCACUGUCAGUCAGUUUAUGCACGCACGUUUGCAGCUAUCUGGCUGCAGCAAAGGCUGAACACGGUUCCUCGCUCUUUGAUUUUUCCAUUGCAUGUCAAUGUCGUGCUUCAACCUGGAUAUGCUCUUCAAGCCAGCACUACGUCUUGGGCUGGCACUGAAGGGCGUUCAAGACUACGUGUGCUACCAGCCAGCCGUUCCCGACAAGAAGGAGCACAUUGGGUCCAAAUCUGAUAUUCCUUCCGUGGCCAUGCCAAUGUUUGCGCCACCAAGCACAGAGGCUGAUCUUCAGAAAAUGCGACAAUUGAUUGCUGAUGACGUUCCAUUCCUGAUCCAGUGGCCUGAGGAUCAUCCAGUUAUACCCGCAGAGAAAUCUCAAGCAGUUGAGGCCUAUUUGCAUAAGACACUCGCUGAGGACGGCUACAAGGAUGAUGACGAAUUCCUUAUCGUGAAAUUUGAGAAGUGGCAUGAGAACUACGGAGAACUGGACAAAUUUGUCCAGGGAAUUCUCCCUAGGCUUCGCCAUCCCCGAUUGAAUUAGCCUUUGUGGUUCUUGGGCAAUUACUCCACUUCUUGAUGCUAUGUUCGGCUCCGUGAACGUAUACUACAUGGCUCAUGGCAGCAAAAACGUGAAGAUCUUGACAAGGGCAGCGACAGAACGUCUUCCAGUUCACUUCAAGGAUGACUACUUGUUUCCGCUGGAUUCAAGUGAGAUACCAAAGUACCCAUCAUAUGAGGGAGUCUUGAAAGAGAAUUCCGCGCUUGCCUUCAUAUUUUCGAGAACUUGCCUGGCCCAAAGCCCCGGGCGCUUUCGUCGAGGCUGAAGUAUACAGGUAAAGUUCAUCCCUUGAUCAUUGAAACAGCUAUGUGCAGCUGGGACUAUGUCGAGCAUGUGACCAAACUUAUUCGCAAUGCCGCUACCAAGGGCAAGCUGUUGAGGACAAAUUUUGUAAAUUGAGUGCUGCUCCAAUCCACUGCAUUUGCAUCGACAAAUGAUUGGAGUUGCUGCGAAGCCGCAGCACUUUUGUUUUUCGUUGCCCUUGUCGCCUGGACAUCCAUAGAGAGACUUUGCAGUCCACAAGCCGGAAAGGAGACUGAACCCAGGACAAGCGGUCUUGCAACGUCCAACAAUCCAGUCAUAUGACAUUGUCAUGGACAGGCAGCAGGCUGAGAUUAGACAAUUUGAGGCUGUGCUUUUCGAAUGAAAGUUGCACACUGCCCUCACUUAGCGAUGUGCAUGUUCAAUACUUCAGAGGCUAACAAAAAUGUGCUGCCCUUCACCCUCGCUGCACUCGUGUUGGAGUUACAAUUUGUCAUGCUUAGCUGCAUUUGCUGAACUUGGAAGCAACUUGGCUACAGCAAAGGCUGUGGAGGGUUCUAGGUUCUACAUCAUUAGUUAGGUUGUUUUUCUUCCGUCGCAUGUCAAUGUCGUGCUUCAACCUGGAUAUGCUCUUCAAGCCAGCACUACGUCUUGGGCUGGCACUGAAGGGCGUUCAAGACUACGUGUGCUACCAGCCAGCCGUUCCCGACAAGAAGGAGCACAUUGGGUCCAAGUCUGAUAUUCCUUCCGUGGCCAUGCCAAUGUUUGCGCCACCAAGCACAGAGGCUGAUCUUCAGAAAAUGCGACAAUUGAUUGCUGAUGACGUUCCAUUCCUGAUCCAGUGGCCUGAGGAUCAUCCAGUUAUACCCGCAGAGAAAUCUCAAGCAGUUGAGGCCUAUUUGCAUAAGACACUCGCUGAGGACGGCUACAAGGAUGAUGACGAAUUCCUUAUCGUGAAAUUUGAGAAGUGGCAUGAGAACUACGGAGAACUGGACAAAUUUGUCCAGGGAAUUCUCCCUAGGCUUCGCCAUCCCCGAUUGAAUUGGCCUUUGUGGUUCUUGGGCAAUUACUCCACUUCAGGACCUCAUGUUGAUGCUAUGUUCGGCUCCGUGAAUGUGUACUACAUGGCUCAUGGAAGCAAAUACGUGAAGAUCUUGACAAGGGCAGCGACAGAACGUCUUCCAGUUCACUACAAGGAUGACUACUUGUUUCCGCUGGAUUCAAGUGAGAUACCAAAAUACCCAUCAUAUGAGGGAGUCUUGAAAGAGAAUUCCGUGCUGGUCUUCAGCAAUUCCGCUUGCCUUCAUAUUUUCGAGAACUUGCCUGGCCCAAAGCCCCGGGCGCUUUCGUUGAGGCUGAAGUAUACAGGUAAAGUUCAUCCCUUGAUCAUUGAAACAGCUAUGUGCAGCUGGGACUAUGUCGAGCAUGUGACCAAACUUAUUCGCAAUGCCGCUACCAAGGGCAAGCUGUUGAGGACAAAUUUUGUCAAGUGAGUGCCACUGCAUCUGCAUCGACAAAUGUUGCUGUAGCUUUGCAGCACGCUCGUCCUUUUUGGCUCCUAGAGGAUUUCCGGACUGUUUCUGGAGACUUCAUCCUGCAUUGAUCUGAAAUGAAACAAAACACAUAUGAUAUAUUCAUAAGAUUAUGUACAUAAAUAGGGAAACAGCGAAAGAUUGCAUAAGAAAAAUAUCUAUUAUAUAUUUAAAUAUUCUUUUUCAAGACAAAAAAUCUUUAGAAAACAAAAAAGAUUAAUAAUAUGAUAUGCAGAAAUACUAAAAGGAUAUAGUUGCAAAUUUAUGGUUGUAAUUGUCGCG